AUGUCUGGAAACGGUGCUGCAAAUGCAGCAGCAUUGGCCGCAUUUAAUAAUAUUGGAAAGAAGAAGAAAGAACCUGUUACAAAGUCAAAUGGAUUGGACAACAGCACGAAUCAUCUUGGCGCAAUUGGAAGUAACUCCAAUCAAAGCAAACAACAACUACAACAACCGCUACGAAUUCCAUUACCUCCUCAUCCUACAAAAAAACAGAGUACUAAAUUUUCACAACUCAAAAGACUAAAUACAGCGCCAGUCACGGGCUCUCUUCAGCCAGCUUUGCAAAUUGUGCUGCCGUCAAUAAGCCCAACUCGACCUUCAGCUCCAGCGUCGGCUUUGGAUACAGAAUCUGAUUACUUUUCACUUCUGCCACAUACAUUCCCAACUAAAAAUGAGCUUGCAAAAUCUCCUCAAACUCCACAAGAUAUGCUUAGGAAUGUGAGACAAUCGAUAGAGUUGAAGGCAAUACCCAACAAUGCUCCAGCUAAACGACUUUCAGCUGAUUACUCGCCGCAGGAAAUGUUGAAAAAUUUGCGACAUUCAAUACAUUCAAGAACAAAAACGUCGCCAAUGUUAACUACCGGUGAUAGAGCAGGCCAAACCAUGUUGGCCGAAAUGAGAGAUAGACUUGAAAAUACCAGAAGAAUUGCUUCAAGUAGUGUCGCCAGUUUAUCCUUAUCUCCUAACGUGGAUUUUCACAAAAGCACUAGUGAUGUGAGUAACUCGAGUCAUCACUAUGACUUUGAUACAGUGUCCACGGAUUCUUUUGCUUCUUUUAAUUCAAGCAUCAACGAGAGACAUCUACCACACGGAAUAAGCAUUGAUGUUACGAAUCAUGAUAGUAACGAGGACGAGCUUGAUGAUAGAGAAAGGGAGGAGGAAGAGGACCAGGAACUUGUAGAUGCUGGUGAAUCUAGAAGUAUAGAUGAUAAGGUGACGGUUUCUAAUCGUCUUCGGAGGAAACCGCCACCUGGAGAAGACUUUCAAAUGCUGCUAAAUGACAAAUCUCGAGAAACAAUAUCGAGUGGAUCAUAUUCUCUAAAUCCUGAUGAAAUCUACUCAUUUGCAGAUCCUGACCUGUACGAGAAUUUGAUUUCAGAGGUGGGUGCUGGAGAUACAACCAAAUUAUUUCCCCAGUUUCCCGAUGCAAACCAUUAUCAUCAACACAGUUCAAAGUUUAGAAAAAAGCAUCAAAGGGUAAAACCAAUUAAUGGAAUUUACUAUCAUGAUAUGGAUCUGAGUAACAACAGUGACACCGAAGAGUCGUCCAGCAAUCUUCCACUGAGAUCAACAACGCCUUUACUUGGUCAACCACAACAGCAAGUGCAUUUCAGAAGCACGAUGAGAAAAUCGAAUACUAAAAAGGAUAAAAAAUCAAAGUUUAAUGAGUUGAAACCGUGGAAGAAUCAUAAUGAGCUCAAUUAUUUAACUGAUCAGGAGAAAAAGAGAUACGAGGGGAUCUGGGCCAGUAAUAAAGGAAAUUAUAUGAAUCAAGUGGUUAUCAAACUCCAUGGAGUCAAUUAUGAGACACGGAAGGAUCCCAAGAAUGAUGUUGAAAUGGAGCACUCAAGAACUGCCGCAUUACUCUCUGCUGCAGCUGUUGAAGAAAGUAAUUACAAUGGCAACAAUAGCUUACACAAUUUGGAUUCGGUCGAAAUCAACCAGUUAAUCUGUGGACCUGUAGUAAAAAGGAUUUGGAAACGUAGUAGAUUGCCUAACGAUAUAUUAGAAAAAAUAUGGAAUUUAAUUGAUUUUCGACGAGAUGGUACGUUAAAUAAAAAUGAAUUUUUGGUAGGCAUGUGGUUGGUGGACCAGUGCUUAUAUGGAAGAAAAUUGCCGAAGAAAGUCGAUAAUGUCGUUUGGGAUAGUUUAGGCGGAAUUGGUGUCAAUGUCACUGUCAAAAAGAAAAAGUAA